AAGGGGGGAGGGCAGCCGGGGACAGGACUUUGGGGUUCGUUUGAAGAGCGAGGCACCCUGCGGGGCACAAGCUGACGAAGGGAGUGGCCUCACAAUUCCGGAUAGUUGGAAGAGCGGCCCGCUUGCGGUCGCCGAAGCUAAUCCGGAGACCUGGGCGCGGCCAAUUAGAAUACAGACUGGGUCCGCCCAAAUGCCUUCCCCGUGCCCUGUGACCGGGAGGAUCCGCGGCUGGGCAGCAGGGCAAGGAGCCACCUCGCCGCCGAACCCCCGGGGCUGCCCGCCCAGCUCGGUCAUGGAAACUGCCAGCACCCCUGAGGCUCCGGGGACAGCUACACCUCAGGAUUACUACAACCUGGACCUCAUCUGUGACACUACUUUCCUUUCAGGCAAAUACAUUGCCUCAACACAGAGACCCGACGGGACCUGGCGCAAGCAACGGAGGGUCAAAGAAGGAUACGUGCCCCAAGAGGAGGUCCCAGUCUAUGAAAACAAGUAUGUGAAGUUCUUCAAGAGUAAGCCAGAACUUCCCCCAGGCCUGAGCCCUGAGGCGACCACACCCGUCACCCAGUCCAGACCUGAAGGUGGUGAAGCAGGCCUCUCCAAGACAGCCAAACGCAACCUGAAGCGGAAAGAGAAGAGGAGGCAACAGCAGGAGAAAGAGGCAGAGGCUUUGAGCAGGACUCUUGAUAAGGUGUCUCUGGGAGACACAGCCCAGACGCCCAGUGCUCUCCAAGGCUCCCAGGCCACCCCUCUAGCUGCCUCUGAUGCAUCUGACUCUGUUGCCACCACAGAGAAAGCCAAGAAGAUCAAGAACCUAAGGAAGAAGCUGCGACAGGUGGAGGAGCUGCAGCAGCGCAUCCAGGCCGGGGAGGUCAGCCAGCCCAGCAGAGAGCAGCUGGAGAAGCUGGCCCGGAGGAGGGCCCUGGAGGAGGAGCUGGAGGACUUGGAGCUUGGCCUGUGAGGCUUCCUGAGUAAGGGAGUGGACUGCAGAACAGACCAUGGGGUGCUCUGGGGUCAGGGAGUGUGGCCCGCAGCAGUCAGGAGGGGCACCCCCACACUGGCUCUCUUCCACCUCCUGUGGCCCGACUCUGUCCUCCAGAGCCUAGGCUCUCCUUCCUUCUCCUUUCUUCUCGGCUCCUGUUUUUGGACUUGUUCCCUCCCGUUCCCAGUGUUCACAAUCUCAGUGACGACCCUAGGUACCUCUGCUGCUGAUCUGGGUGUCUUGUUGAAAAGAAAACCGGGGGGUGGGAGUCUACUAGAGAUCUGAGGUUGAGGGUACAGGGAGUACCCCAAGUCUUGGAGUCUUGGUUCCUGUUCACAGUGUUUUAUGAGUUUCUUCCCUGGCCAUCCCGAACUUUUUUUUUUUUUUUUUUUUUUAAAGAAAGUAAGAAUAAAUUCAAGUAGACAACAU